AUGAUGUACAACGUGCACAUACAGCACGUCGUGCUGAUUGGCAUGUGCUGGCAUGGCAUUGUGGCCUGGCGUGAUGAUGUCCAAGUCUGGGAGUGCUCCCGCAUGGAAGCUGUUUGGGAUCGGUCAGCAUUGCACUCGCUGACUUUGUAUUCUGCUGGGUUCAAGGUUGACCCAGGACCGAGACCCUGCACCCAGGGGGUUGGUCGACAGCUGGCGCGUUGGUGGGCUGGUCAGGAUGUGGGCAGUGGGGCAGAUAUUGUUUUCGUCAAUUCAUGGGGCAUUUCGGGCACAGUCACUGCUCAUUCGUGUCCCAGUCCUGGCAGCCUUGCAGCACAUUCCUGA